UUUUCCUUUUUUCCAUUUCUAACGUUCUCUCUCCCUCUGUCUCUCUCUCCCUCUCUUUCUCUUAAAUACAAUGGACUUUCAGCUCUUCUCUCUCUCUCUCUCUCUCUUCUCUCUCUCUCUUUGAAACCCCAGCAAAAUAAAUUAAAAUAAAAAAUAAAAAUAAAAAACCCAUUAAACAAAAAUUUACAAAGACCCCCAAAAGCUCAAAUUUUUCUUUCUUCCUAACCUUCCACCAUCACCACCACCGCCACCUAUACUCUGAUCGUUCUCUUCCAAAGAACCCAUUUUUUUUGUUUGUAGAAUCAUUCUGUUUCUGGGUUUUUUUCUUUUCUUUUUCUUUUUUUUUGGGUUGGUUUAUCUGAUUUAGGCUCAAAAUCUGCAAGCUUUAAUCCCUCAUUCCGGAGGGAAAAAAAGGGAAUAAAUAAUAAGGAAGAGCUGUCUAAUUUAUAUUAAAUUCAGUUUCAUUUUCGUUCAUAUAUAUAUAUAUAUAUUAUUUGUAGUAGCUCUGUCUUUUUUGGUUGAGUGGGGUUUGAUUCUAUGGCUGCGGUUGCUGAGAUUUCCGGUGAGGCAGCGGCUGCCAAGAACUCGAACUUGGAAUCGAAGACGAUAACGGAAUCGGAAUUCAAUGUGCAGAAGCUGGUUGAUAUGUUCACAAAGCUGAAUCCUUUAGCCAAAGAAUUUUUCCCUUCAUCUUUGUCUCAGCGUCAUCACAACAACCUCAAGAUCAAUCACCAAUUUUCUCCUGACGACUCUCUGCCCUCCAAUAACAAACAGUCGGUCAACGAUAAUUACCCAAACAACAGAAGGAGAAGAAAUAACUAUAGCCAGGGGAGAAGAAGGUUAAAUGGUAGAGCCUUUAGAGCUGAACGAGAAAAUAGCGUUAGGCGUACAGUAUAUGUUUCUGAUAUUGAUCAGCAGGUCACUGAAGAGCGCCUUGCUGCCUUAUUUAGUAGUUGUGGACAAGUUGUUGAUUGCCGAGUUUGUGGUGAUCCACAUUCAGUACUUCGUUUUGCAUUUGUGGAGUUUGCUGAUGAGCAUGGGGCAAGACAAGCUCUAAACCUUGGCGGGACAGUGUUAGGCUACUAUCCAGUUAGGGUCUUACCUUCAAAAACUGCCAUCCUUCCUGUCAAUCCCACAUUCCUCCCUAGGUCGGAUGAUGAACGGGAAAUGUGUUCGAGGACUGUCUAUUGUACAAAUAUUGAUAAAAAGGUUUCUCAAGCUGAAGUCAAGACUUUCUUUGAAACAUCUUGUGGCGAGGUUACUCGUUUGAGGCUUUUAGGGGAUAAUGUGCAUUCAACUCGUAUAGCUUUUGUUGAAUUUGCAAUGGCAGAAAGUGCUAUAAUUGCACUGAAUUGUAGCGGCAUGGUGGUUGGAACCCAACCAAUAAGGGUAAGUCCUUCAAAGACACCAGUUCGUCCACGAGUUACUCGUUCAGCAUUGCACUAAAUUACCAUGAAAGAGUAAUCCAGAAAACUUGGUCCACAUCCCAAUUUAGAGAUACUUCGCUGCGUUUGAAAGGGGUGGUGAAACUUUAGUUUCUUUCAGUAUUUCCAUCUUCUCUGUUGCAACAAUUCUUGUUCUAUGACUGAACAUACCGGGAACCUGCUUCAACUGAAGUUUUUUACAGGAUGGUUUCGAUCUUGAGAAUUUACCUUAUUCAGUCCUCUUUGUUUUGGCAAUGUUCUCUAUUAUCUUUAGAUAAUACUAGUCUCAGUACGGUGGUCAUUGUGGGAAUAUCCUUGGUCAUACUUGUGCAUGUACUCUCAAAAUAGCCCUGUUACCACUUUGGCUACCGAUCAGAUGGUGCAAUUAAUGGUAGCCAGUGCUCUGCCCUCCGCAAAUGUGAAGGGUCUGAAAAUGGAGCAGCAACGAGAAACUUAUGAAUAUUGGGCAAAAGCGGACACAAAUUUGACCAUAGGAUGGAUGUUGCUAUGAAUUUGGGUAAGAUGUCCUAGAAUGGGGGGUCAUUCUCAUGUCUAGUUUUUCUUUUUCUUUUGUCAUCUUGCUUAUGACAGUCGAAACUUGCCAAGUAAAUGUAAGUUAUCACAUAUUGUCUUUUGUCAUAUAGCAGUCUUAUUUAACAUGUUUUUCUAGUUCCUUUGUUAGGCGUGGUUUGGAUGCGAAGCCAUCUAAACGAGUGGAAUUGGAAAACUAGGUUAAAAAAAUUUCACUAAUUCUAGUUUCUUCUUUCUGUA